AGCAACCGCCAGUCCUCGCCGUUGCCGGGAUAUUAGUGUGUGUGUUGUCGCGUGUACGAAACGUUGACAUUAUGACGUGCUCGCGGAUGCGACCCGCGAUCCUCAUCGCGGGCCUCUUAUUGGGCCUUCUAGCUGUGACCUUGCAGGGUGUGCAAGGUGAAGAACUAGAAAAAGUUCCCUCGGAGGACCAAUGUCGGCCUUACAUUGAAAAAGCUCUGAAGGAUUUGGGCACAGAAGGAUCUCAGGAGCUGUUGAGCGACGAGGACUUGGAAAUCGCUGAGAAUAAUGACGAAGGACUAGAAGAUGAAUUGGCACCCGAUGCGAACGAAAAUAUUGAAAAAUCGGUAAGCAGAGAGAGGCGCGACACUUCGGUAGAGGAUCACGAUGGCGGUGACGACGGGCAGGACGGCAAAAGCGAGGAAAACGAGAACGAAGUCGACCAAGAUCUAGAGACGGUAGAAAUAACUAGCGAACCGGAGGAUGAUAAUCAGGAGAAUGAAGUUGAUGCAGAUAAUUCCCAAGAAAAACGGAUAGACGAUGCUGAUAAUGAGGAAUCCGAUGAGCAGAGUAAUAUGGAUUCUGUUCAAAAUGACGAUAUCAACGAGAUCAACGACAACGACAUUGACGACAAUUCUACCGACAAUGCUGAGUCUGACGAGCUGAAAACAGAAGAAAAUGCUAAUGAUAACGAAGCCGAUGACACAAAUGAAAGAAUAUCCGUAGAGGAAACGGUUGAGGAGAGUAGUACGGAAAUUGUACCUGAGAAUGAGAGCAACGAGGACGAGAGAAAAUCCAUCGAGGAAGAAGUUAUAGUUAAGCAGUCUAUAGCUUCGCUGAAAAGUAGCGUUGAAAAUAACGAGGAAUCCAAUGAAGAACAAGAUGGAAAAUCCGAAGGAAAUAAUGGAAGCGAAGAGGAUGAACAAUCAAGUCCUGAAGAGGAGGAACUGAUUAUGGAAAUUGAAAUUCCGGAAGUUUUGAGACCUCGAGAUCACGUAAAUCAAUUGCUGAAACUGGACGAAGAAAACGAAGAUAAAGAAAAGGCAAUCGAUAAAGUUUCCGACAUUGUGCUGAGAGAUUUAAAAAGGCUGUAUGACAAUGCAAUUAAACCAUUGGAAACCUUGUAUAAAUAUAGAGAUCUCAGCAAUCGUCAUUUCGGAGAUCCAGAAAUAUUUUCAAAACCUCUAGUGUUAUUUAUGGGUCCAUGGAGUGGAGGAAAAUCAUCGAUCAUAAACUACUUAUUGGAUAUAGAAUACAAACCAAUUUCAUUAAGGACAGGUGCCGAGCCGUCUCCAGCUUACUUUAAUAUCUUAAUGCACGGAGAAGAAGAAGAAAUAUUAGAUGGAACACAAUUAGCCGCGGACUGGACAUUUUCUGGCCUUCAAAAGUUUGGCCAAGGACUGUUAGAUCGUCUUAGAGGCGUGAAACUGAAUAAUAAAUUAUUAGAAAAGGUAAACAUUGUCGAAAUUCCUGGAAUUUUGGAAAUUCGCAAACAAGUACAGCGAGUCUUUCCAUUUAACGACGCUUGCCAAUGGUUCAUUGAUAGAGCAGACAUCAUAUUUCUGGUUUAUGAUCCGUCCAAACUCGACGUUGGCCCUGAGACCGAAGCCAUUCUCGAUCAACUUAAGGGGCGCGAAUACCAGACGAGAAUGAUUUUGAACAAAGCUGAUCAAGUAAAACCUGAGGAAUUAAUGAGAGUUCAGGGCGCGCUUAUAUGGAACAUUUCACCGCUCAUGUCAAGCGCCGAACCACCAAUAAUGUACUCAGCAUCCCUCUGGUCCAUACCAUACGAAGCGGGGGCACCAACGAGGCUACUUUAUGCCCAGGAACGAGCCUUUCUUCGCGAUCUUCGGUCUGCCAUCGAUAAGCGAGUCGAGCACAAAAUUGCUAGCGCUAGAAGAUUUGCUGUAAGAGUGCGUAAUCACGCAAAAAUGGUGGACUGUUACCUGACGACUUACUACAAUCAAAAGAGCUUCUUCGCAAAGAAGAAAGAUAUUAGCGAUCAAAUUAUCGAGAAUCCUCAAGACUAUCACAUUUACGCAGGCCUCAGCACCUUGACAAACAUAUCGCGUUAUGACCUCCCCGAUCCGGACGUCUAUCAAGACUUUUUCCAUCUGAAUGCACUUUACGAAUUUCCUCUUCUUAGCUCCACUUGCACCUAUUUCCGAGGAUGUCCAAUUAAUAGGCUCGACGUCGCCAUUGCCUACGACCUGCCCGAACUCGUAGGCAAGUACAAGAAAAACGUCGACAUUGCUGUGCACAAUGAAGAAGAGGCUGUGGCUGCAGCCGCGGCUGCUGCUAUUGCCGCUCAGAGUGCCGCCGCCUCAAAGACUCCAGAGCAAUUGGGACAAGCACAACAAGGUCAAAAAUCACCAGCGAAGAGCGGAGCUGCGAGAUUAUCAAUGAGUUGAGAAAAGAGGCGAGAUGAGGAACGAUAUUCUGCUAUUUCAAAGCACUUGCUCUUUUUCAAGUCGUAACUUGUCU